CCUCCUCAUCAUCAUCAUCAUCAUCAUCAGAGACCAACAGCACAGAGAACUCAGACGCUGCUCCAUCAUCAAGCUCCUGUGAAGACGUUACCAUGGCAACGAAACCCUCAUCCAAAUAUGACAACAUCACCUGCAAAGUUCUGUUCCAAUCAGGAUCUCCUGCUUUGUACAACCUGAUACCAAAGAAAGCGAAAAUUGGAGAAGUAGAGGGAAUUACUCUAAAGAGAGUGACUCUGGGUGAUAAAGAUCCAAACAAGACAAACAAAACCAUCUUGCUUGUGGGUGAAACCGGAACAGGAAAGUCUACUUUGAUCAACGCUCUGGUCAACUACGCCAUGGGAGUGGAGUGGGAGGACGAUGUCUGGUUUCAGAUCGUAGAGGAAGAGGAGAAAAAAAGUCAAUCAGAAAGUCAGACAUCAGAUGUGAUUGUGUACGAGAUCUUUGGGUUUGAAGGUAAAACUCUGCCGUACUCUCUGACCAUCAUCGAUACUCCUGGAUACGGAGACACCAGAGGGACUGAAGAAGAUGCCACCAUCAAUCAAAGAUUAUUUCACUUGUUCCGCUCAAGUGACGGAGUUCAUGAGAUCAAUGCAGUGGGUCUGGUGAUGAAAGCAACUGAGAAUCGACUGAGUGACCGACUGAGGUACAUCUUUAACUCAGUGAUGUCUCUGUUUGGAAACGACAUGGAGAACAUCGUAGCCUUCAUCACACACUCCGAUGGUGUGACACCUGAAAAUGUUCUACAAUGCACCAGACUGGCAGCCUGCAUCCAAAACCUGCAAGAGAGGAUGGAGUUGACUGAAAAGAAACAGACAGAAAUAAAACAGACUCAGGAAGCUCUGAAGCAACAUGAAGAAGAGAUGAAGAGCAAUGACAACUUCACAGUAGACAUUGAUGAGGCCUACAAAGAUAAAGUACCUGUCAGUGAGGGGGGUUAUCAUGGAGGAGCUGUCACCUGUAAUGUCUGUGAGCAGAACUGUCACAAUACAUGCCCACUGGCCUGGUACCCAGAACACUGUGAGGUCAUUAAAGGUGGCCGCUGCACUGUAUGCACCGGGAAGUGUCCUCUAUCAGAUCAUGUAAAAGAAAAGUUGAUCUUUGAGUCCAAGACAAGGAAAGUUAAAAAGCCCCAACAAGAUGUGAAAAAGAAAUAUGAAGAGAACAAGGCAGGAAGUGAGAGCAAGUUGAGCCUUUUGGAAACUCUUGAGAAGGAAAUGGAAAAACUUCAGAAAGGAAAGGAUCGGUUGUUGGCAGAGUCCUUCCAGCAUCUCGUCAAACUGGAGCAGAUCGCCCUGAAUGUGGACUCACUGUCCACUCACGUCUACGUGACCUUCCUGAUUGAGAAGAUGAAGGAGAAAGGAGACACAGAGAAGCUCCAGAAACUGGAGGAGAUUAAAGGUCGAAUGGAGAAAGAUGAAGGAACCAAAGCAACACUGUCGUACGGGUAUGGUAAAAUAAAAGCAGCUGGUUCAUCAUUAAUGAAGUAGAUGAACAGAAUCACUGUGAGCAGACAGCUGAGUAGAAAUCAAGUCUACCCUGCUGAUUAAAGGUAGUUCAUUAUAGUUCUAUAAGUCUGAUGUUGACUGAACUACAUAAGAAAAUUAAAAUGUAAUCACCUUUUACAUGUAAAUGUGUAAUUGGUGGAAACAGCGCCCUCUAAUGACUGUUUCUGUUUGUUGUUGUAUUUUCAUGUUUAAUUAUCGAUAGUUACUUCACUGUACAGAUUAACAUCACUGAUCAAUAGUCUCUGGAUUCUUCCAUCACCCACGCUCAUUGUUCUCCUCUCAGCUCCACCAUCAGAUCACAACACAACAUUCAGGGUGUUAACUUCAGUAACCAGGUUACAGUCGGAUCAUUUCUGAACUGUCAUGUAAACCAGAACAGUAGAUU